CAUAUAUCUCCUUUUUACAAACAUGAGCGGUGAUAAUCAAAAUGAUGAUGAUAAUAUGUUGAUGAUGAAUGAAUCAUCAACAAUAUUGACAUUAAAUGAUCGUUUCGAACGAUUAAAUAAAUUGUUCGAUACGUCAACAACAACAACAACUACAUCAUCAUCAUCAACAUCGACAAUCAUUAUUGAUAAUAAAUGUUAUAAUUAUGAAUUUUUAUUAGAUUUAUUGAUUGCUGUUUAUACUGAUAUUCAAAGAAAUGUCAAACCAACAACCAGAGAUAAAAAUUCAAGUUCACAAAAAUUUACCAAUCUGGUUAAACCAUUAGUCGAUUAUAUACGACAAUUACAAUUGAAUUCGAAUGAUUUUGAACAGAUAAAAAUUAUUGGUAAAGGUGCAUUCGGACAAGUUUCAUUAGUCAAGUCAAAACAUGAUGAAAAAAUGUAUGCAAUGAAAGUAUUAAAUAAAAUGGAAAUGAUAAAAAGAGCUGAAAAAGCAUGUUAUAAAGAAGAACGUGAUAUUUUAGUAAAUAAUAAUACAAAUGAUUGGUUUACAAAAUUAUAUUAUGCAUUUCAAGAUUCAGAAAAUUUAUAUCUUAUUAUGGAUUAUUAUAUUGGAGGUGAUUUUCUCACAUUACUUAUGAAAUAUGAUGAUACAUUACCUGAGGAUAUGUGUAGAUUUUAUGCUGCCGAAAUUAUAUUAGCCAUUUCUACAUUACAUGCUCUUGGUUAUAUUCAUCGUGAUAUAAAACCGCCAAAUAUUUUGAUUGAUUCACAUGGUCAUAUUCGUUUGGGUGAUUUUGGUUCUUGUGUACGUGCAUCAACCGUUCGUUCGGAUUCAUCGGCACCUGUUGGUACACCGGAUUAUGUUUCACCUGAAAUUUUGGAUGUUAUUGAAGGAAAAAUCCGAAAUGAUUGUCCAUAUUCAUUCGAAACAGAUUGGUGGUCACUUGGUAUAGUGUUGUUUGAAUUAUUUUAUGGUCAAACACCAUUUUAUGCUGAAUCAUUAGUAGAAACAUAUUUCAAAAUUAUGAAUCAUAAAACACAUUUUAUCUUUCCAGUAAAUGCUGAAGUUACUGAUGAAGCAAAAGAUUUAAUAUCAAAUCUUGUAACGGAUCGUUAUUCAAGAUAUAAAAAUUUAGAAAAUUUUAAAGAACAUCCAUGGUUUACUGGUAUUGAAUGGGAUAAAAUUAGAUAUCAAACACCACCAUAUCAUCCACAAUUUUCCGGACCGGAUGAUACAUCAAAUUUUGAUAUUUCGGAUAUAAAACCAUUGAAUAGUCCAACAGCAGCAAUGAAAAUAAAUAAAGAUAUUUAUGUUGAAUUAUCGUUUGUCGGAUUUACAGCAACAUUACCGAAAAAUGUUUCAAAAUUAGAAGAUUCUAUUAAUCAUCACAAAAUGUUGGACGAAGAAAUCCAUAAAGAUAUUGAUGAACAGAAGAUAAACGAAGAUAAUGAUUAUGAUGAUAAAAGCGAUAAAACAGAUGAACAAAUUGGUUUAGAAAAUCGUUUAAAAACAAUUCAACAAGAAUAUAGUGAAAUGUCACAAUUAUUGGCUGAAGUAAAAAAAGAAAAAAAUUCUUUAUCGAAUAAAUUACGAAAUAAAGAAGGUGAACUUGAUGAACAUAUUGAAAAGAAUUCACAACUAAGACAACAAUUAAGAAAUUAUGAAAAAUUAAAACGACAACAUUUAGAAGAAAUUAGUAGUUUGCAAGCUGAUUUGGAAACACAGAAAAUUCUACGAAAACAAGAUCAAAUAAUUUUGAAAAAUCAUGAAGAAAAAAUUGAAACAUUAGAAGAUCAACUACAACGUGAUUCCGAAUCAACACAUUCAUUUACAAAUGAAAAACAAUGUUAUUUGAAAAAAAUAACCGAUUUAGAACAACAGAUUCUUCUAUUGGAAGAAGAAAAUUGUUCAAUAAAAGAAUCAAAUAAUGAUUUGAAAAAAUCAUAUAAAGAAUUAUGUUGUGAUUUGUUGAAUUUGGAUAAUCAAAAUCUUUUGUUUGAACAUGAAUUAAAAUCAAUGGUCGAAUCAGUUGCUGAACGACAACGUUGUAAUGAUUCAUUGGAAAAAAUGUUGGAUAUGUUAGAUUUUAAUAUACGAAAAUAUAAAUUUUUACAAGAAAAAAAUAAUCGUAUUAUUAGUGAUAAUCAUCAUACUCAUAAUCAACAGAUUGUUUUGGGCAACAAUAAAUCAAUACCAGCAACAACAAAUCAAUCGACAACAAGUAGCUGGCAAGAACGUCGUUCAGCUCGAGUUGAUAAACAAGAAUUACUUACGCUGCAAUUAGAAUUGAAAAGUGAAAUAUUGGAAAAACAAAAACUACAAUCCGAAUUGUUAAGAUUACAACAAGAUUUUGAUAAUGUUAAUCAACAAUUAUUGGAUUCGAAAAAUGAAAUGAAUAAAUUGAUUAAAAAACAGGUUAAAUCGACAACGGAUCAUUAUGGAUUUAAGAACAGCAAUAAUAAUCAUUCAAUAAUCGGAAAUAAUAAUGAUAAAGAAGAUGUUUCUUCUUCGUCAACAACAACAACAAAUCGAUCAUUUCUUAAAGAUUUUGUUAUCGAUAUGAAAGCCAUUUCUAAUUCUAUUAGUGGUACUAUUAGUGGUGUUGGUGGUAGAAAACAACAAAAUUUGAUAUCAUCAACAACAACAACAACAAUGAUGGAUUCAAUGAUAAAUGAAAAUUAUGAUUAUCAUAAUAAAUUUGGUCAUUCAUUUAUAAUCAGAACAUUUAUAACACCUAUUAAAUGUUAUGUUUGUACAUCGUUGAUGAUUGGUUUGGUUCGACAAGGUUAUGUUUGUGAAGUAUGUGGAUAUGCUUGUCAUGUUGAUUGUGUAGAUUCGGGAUCAUCAUGUCCAUUUGAUGAAACAAAACAACGACCGGUUGGAAUUGAUCCACAAAAAGGUAUCGGAACAGCAUAUGAAGGUUUUGUUAAAAUUCCUAAACCACGUGGCGGUGUACGAAAAGGAUGGAUACGAAUGUUUGUUGUUGUUUGUGAUUUUAAAUUAUUUCUUUAUGAUAUUAUCAAUACUGGUGAUCAAUCAAAUCUUAGUUUAGCUUAUUCAAAUAUGUCGAAUAGUAAUGAUUCAAGCUAUAAUACAUUGAUUAAUACACCAUCAAUAUCGGCUAGUACAAUUAUCGAUAUGAGAGAUGAACAUUUUAGUGUUAGCGAUGUAAAUGAAAGUGAUGUUAUUCAUGCAUCAGCUAAAGAUGUACCAUGUAUUUUUCGUAUUACAACAUCGAUGAUUGGUGAUAAUAGAGAUGGACUGCAAAAAUUUACUCAACUAAUGUUGGUCGAUAAAGAAAGUGAAAAAAAUAAAUGGAUUGAAGCAUUGACUGAAUUACAUCGUAUUAUUCGUCGAAAUAAAAUUUCACAUCGAAAUAUUCUUCGUUGUUAUCAUUUAUUAAAUACAUUACAGAUAAAUUCAUUAAGACAUAUACAUAAUAUACAUUGUUGUACAAUGUUAGAUGAAACACGUUUAUUAAUUGGUUGCGAAGAUUGUUUAUUAUGUUGUGAUUUAGAUAUACAUUCAUAUCAUCGUUUAAAUCAAUCGAAAAAAUUUAUACAAAUUUCCUAUAUACAAUCAGAACAAUUAAUUAUUGCUUUAAGUGGUAAACAAAAACAAAUCAAAUUGAUUCCAAUUCGUGCAUUAGAUAAUGAUGGUAUUGAUUGGAUUAAGCUAAGUGAAACAAAAAAUGCAUCAGCAUUUACAAUUGCAUUUGAUAAUUCAAUUGCAUAUGUUUGUGUUGCCAUACGGAAAACAUUAUCAAUUUAUGAAAUUACACAUAAAAAAUCUCGUUACAUUUUUCAUCAUGAAAUUCAAAUGCCAGUCAAUAUUCAAACAUUAAAUACAUGUAGACAGAAUUUAAUUGGUGUUGGUACUAGUUCAAAUUUUAUUGUUUAUCAUGUUAAUCGUACGGAACAGCCAUUAUAUUUGGUUAAUCAAGAUUCACCGGAUCUAAUUUAUUUAAUACAAAAUUCAAUUGAUCCAUUUCUUUGUGAACCGAUUGGUGAUAAUGAAUGGUUAUUGGUGUUUGCACAUUAUGGUGUUUAUGUUGAUGAUCAUGGAAAACGAACUAGAUGUUUAGAGUUACAAUAUCCAUCACAACCAAUUGCUGCUUCGAUUUUAAGAUCGGAUUCAAAACAAACUUCUUACCUAUUGAUAUUUGCAUUGACACAUAUCGAUGUUUUCGAUAUCAAUGAAAUACGAUGGAUACAGACAAUCAAUAUUAAAGCUACAAGACCAUUACAAACAUUUGCUAAUAAUAUUUUAUUCUGUAAAACUAAUGCAUUAGAUUUACCAAAUCUAAUUCAAAUAACCAUAAAAGAUGACAAUCUAAUACGUGUAUCGGGUGAUAAUAUUAAAGCAUUUACAUUGACCAAUCUUAAUCAAAAAAGUAUUCAAAGCCAAAAUCAAGAUUUUAAAAAGAAUAUGAAAAUCAAGAUUAGUGCACCGACUGAUUUUAGUCACAUAUCACAUUUGGGUCCUGGAUCUGGUCCAUUUUCGGCCAAUCUUAUUGAUUUAAACGAUAUUAAAGAGAAAAAAUUUUUGGAUCAUCAAUCAACAAAAGAUUCAUUAUCCAAAAGUCAUACAUCAUUACAACAAUAUAAAUGAUGAAUCAAUCAACUUCUACUUAUUUAUUAUUAUUAUUUAUACUCUUCUCUUCUAUACUUAUUUGCUUAUAUUUUGUUUGUUUUUU